AUGCUAUCAAACAAUUGUAAGAGGAAUGUGAAUGAUGGAGGAGGAAUGGCGAUUUCGAAAAACCACCGCAAAAAUCUCUACAUCCGUUGCGUUCACCCCAUGCUUGCCCUCUCCCCAGCAUCUUACCGUGUGUUUGCGGAAGACGUGCCCCUGAUCCUCAAAAAGAACAACCCGAAAUUGAUUGCUAAGCAUAUGCGGAUUCUGAACGUUCAAAAUAGGACAUGGCGGAAGAAAGAUGGGAAGUCGCUCAAUUUCACAUUGUCAUUGGAGCAGUUGGACGAGUUUUUGGAUCAGUUUGAUUGUGACAAUAAUCUGCUCACGGACUACUACUACUCAAGGACAAAAUCUCGUGAAGAAUUUGUCAAGGUUCAAAAAGACUCCUGCUUCCUCAAGUACACCGUUGGUUGA